AUGGCGGCUGACAAUGUCUCGGCUCUUUGUUCAGUUGUUGGGGGUAUUCCAGCUGUUUAUGGUUUCUUGACAGCUCAUGCAGAUUACAUUUCCAAGUUUGAUGAUAAUCUUAAUGAUUUGCGUAGAGCUUUGGGGGAUCUUAAAGCAAAAAGAGAUGAUGUGGUGCGCAAGGUUAAUGAUGAAGAAAUCAAGGGUCAACGACAGCUACAUGAAGUGAAAAGGUGGCGUUUAAGAGUCCAAACCGUUGUAACAGACACCAGUCUCCUGAAUGAUGAGGCUUCCGAUGUACAGCAAAGGAUAUCAACAUACGGGUAUUGCUCCUCUAAUAUCUUUUUAGCCUACAGCUUUGGCAAAAGGAUUUCCAAGAUGUUGGAUGAAGUUCAGAAACUAUCUUCUGAAAACGUUUCUCAAGUGGUGACUCGACAAGCUACUUCUCGUGUGGUAGUAAAAGAGCCUGUCCAGCAAACAUUUGGUCUGGUUACAGAGCUUCAAAGCACAUGGGAACUUCUUAUGGAAAAUGAUAUCAGAAUGUUGGGUCUAUAUGGCAUGGGGGGAGUGGGUAAAACUACACUCCUCACUCUAAUAUGCAACAAGUUCGAUGAAGUCAAGGAUGAUUUUGAUGUUGUCAUUUGGGUUGAAGUGUCUAAAGAUGUAGAUAUCGGGAAGAUUCAAGAUGAUAUCGGGAAAAGAUUAGGCCUCUAUGACGAGAAUUGGCGCGGAAAAACACAGUGGGAGAAAAGGGUUGACAUAGGCAGGGUUCUAAUAGAUAGGAAGCCCCGGUUUGUGCUGUUAUUAGAUGACUUAUGGGAGGAAGUGAGUUUCAACAAAAUAGGAAUUCCAGUGUGGGUGGAGAAGGGGGAAUACAAAAUCGUGUUUACUACUCGCUCUAACAGUGUCUGUCGAAGGAUGGGAGGAAUUGACAGAGAAGUUAAAUGUUUGGCGGAGAAGGACGCGUUGGAUUUGUUAACGCAUUAUGCCAGAAGAGACACGUCAACUGGGGAGAUGCUUGAUCUUUCAAAAGAGAUUGCGGAAAAGUGUUAUGGCUUACCCCUUGCACUUGAAGUCAUUGGAAAGUGUCUGUCAUCUAAAACCACUGACAAUGACUGGCGAGAUGUACUCAAUGCUUUGAGUUCUUAUCCUGAUGUAGUGGAAGGUAUGGAGAAGAAGAUGUUUGGUGUUUUGAAAGUGAGCUAUGAUUAUUUAGAAAAAGAGGAGGAUGCACAGUCGUGUUUUAAGUAUUGUGCUUUAUUUCCCAUGGGAUAUAAAAUCAAACAAGAUGAGCUGGUAGAGUAUUGGAUCGGUGAGGGUAUCAUAGAUGUAAGACUUGGAAGAGACAAAGCAAAGAGUCGAGGUAUUGAGAUAAUCAACACUCUUGUUGGGGCAGGUUUGUUAUUGAAGGAUGAUGAGUCUAAUCAGAAAGUGUAUAUGCACAAUAUGAUCCAUCAGAUGGCGUUGUCGAUGGUUUCCAAAGAUAGCGACGGAAAAAUGUAUCUUGUGAAAACAGAUGCUGGAUUAGUCGAAAUGCCUGAUGUCCCGUGGACAGCCGUGACAAAGAUGUCUCUGAUGAACAAUAAGAUUCGGGGCAUACCAGAUGAUCCUGAAUUUCCCGACCAUGCUCCGCUUAUAACCUUGUUUCUUCAAAAUAACAGGUUGGUCGAAAUUGGUUGUCAAUUCUUUGUGUUCAUGUCGACUCUGGUCGUUUUGGAUCUAUCCUCGAAUCCCGAUAUCACCAAGUUGCCGGAUAAAAUUUCAGAAUUGGUUAAUUUGCGGUAUCUCAAGUUAUUAGGGACGAGGAUAAAGGAUUUGCCGGAGGGUUUCGGAAAAUUGCUCAAACUGGUCCACUUGGAUUUAGAGAGCACAUCCAGUCUUCGUAGCAUCAGUCUGAUUUCAGGAUUACAAAAGUUGCAGGUUUUAAGAUUUUAUGGUUCCGCUGCUGCAGUAAAUCUCUCCUUACUGGAGGUGUUGAAGCGCUUGAAAGGUUUACAGCUUUUGACAAUUACUGUGAGAAAAAAUGAUGUUUUGGAAGCUUUCUUACGAAGCAACUUGGCAGCGAAGACGCAGGGUCUAUACCUCGACGGUAUUGAAAUGUCAUUUUCGACCACCUUUGGCGAGUUGGGUAGUCUUUCCAAACUUGAAAUGAUAGACUGCGAUAUCAAAGUGUCAGAGACAGAAUGGGAAGAAAACAGAAGUCACCAGUGUUCUUCUCCUUCUCCUUCUCCUUCCAAUCAAAGAAGUCCAUGGUUCAAAAAUCUCUCAGCUGUGGUAAUAUACUCAUGCGUAGGUCUAACGGAUCUGACAUGGCUGAUGUAUGCUGCGAAUCUCGUGUCUCUAAGCGUCAAAAUCGCACCUAUGAUGAAAGAAGUUAUAAACGAGGAGAAAGCUGGGAAUGUCGAGUUGGAGUUGAAUGGGAGAGUGGAGCUGAAGAUCGAUUUCGUCUUGCCAUCCACACAGCUUCUGUUUCUUAACUUCAUCCGGUGUAGACACGCAAGCCCGAAAAGGACCUGGUACGACAAGCAGGCAUCAGUGGAUGCAAUUCAUAGUUCAUCCUUCUGUUUUGUGCUUUGA